CGCGCGGCUCGGGAGACCCAGGCCCCGCCACCUACGCCCGGUGCCCGGGCUCCGUUCCCACUUCGGAGCAGUGUCAAGCGGGGAAGCGGGAGCCAUGCAGUCCGAAUCGGGGAUCGUGCCUGAUUUCGAAGUCGGGGAGGAGUUUCACGAAGAGCCCAAAACCUAUUACGAACUCAAAAGUCAGCCUCUGAAGAGCAGCAGUUCCACGGAGCAUCCUGGGGCCUCCAAGCCUCCGAUAAGCUCCUCCAGCAUGACAUCACGCAUCUUGCUACGCCAGCAACUCAUGCGUGAGCAGAUGCAGGAGCAGGAGCGCAGGGAGCAGCAGCAGAAGCUGCAGGCGGCCCAGUUCAUGCCACAGAGAGGGCCCGUGAGCCAGACUCCGGCUAUAAACGUCAGCGUGCCCACCACCCUUCCCUCUGCCACCCAGGUGCCAAUGGAAGUCCUUAAGGUGCAGACCCACCUCGAAAACCCCACCAAGUACCACAUACAGCAAGCCCAAAGGCAGCAGGUAAAGCAGUACCUUUCUACCACUUUAGCAAAUAAACAUGCCAACCAAGUCCUGAGCUUGCCAUGCCCAAGCCAGCCUGGCGAUCAUGUCAUGCCACCGGUGCCGGGGAGCAGCGCACCCAACAGCCCCAUGGCUAUGCUCACUCUUAACUCCAACUGUGAAAAAGAGGGAUUUUAUAAGUUCGAAGAGCAAAACAGGGCGGAGAGUGAGUGCCCAAGUAUGACCACACAUUCACGAGCGUCGUGCAUGCAGAUGGAUGAUGUAAUUGAUGACAUCAUUAGCUUGGAAUCAAGUUAUAAUGAAGAAAUUUUAGGCUUGAUGGAUCCUGCUCUGCAAAUGGCAAAUACGUUACCUGUCUCUGGAAACUUGAUUGACCUAUACAGCAACCAGGGCCUGCCACCUCCAGGCCUCACAGUCAGCAACUCGUGUCCAGCCAAUCUUCCCAACAUAAAAAGAGAGCUAACAGCGUGUAUUUUCCCCACAGAGUCUGAAGCAAGAGCACUGGCUAAAGAGAGGCAAAAAAAGGACAAUCACAACUUGAUUGAACGAAGGAGAAGAUUUAACAUAAAUGACCGCAUUAAAGAACUAGGUACUUUGAUUCCCAAGUCAAAUGAUCCAGACAUGCGCUGGAACAAGGGAACCAUUUUAAAGGCAUCCGUGGAUUACAUCAGAAAACUGCAGCGAGAACAACAGCGUGCAAAAGAGCUUGAAAACCGGCAGAAGAAGCUGGAACACGCCAACCGGCAUUUGCUGCUCAGAAUACAGGAAUUGGAAAUGCAGGCCCGAGCUCACGGACUUUCCCUCAUCCCAUCCACGGGGCUCUGCUCACCGGAGUUAGUGAAUCGGAUCAUCAAGCAAGAACCGGUUCUGGAGAACUGCAGCCAAGACCUUCUGCAGCAGCACCAGGCCGAUCUGACUUGUACCACGACCCUUGAUCUCACGGAUGGCAGCAUUACCUUCGCCAACAGCCUCGGGACUGCCCCGGACAACAGCCCAGCCUACAGCAUCCCCCCCAAGAUGGGCUCCAAACUGGAAGACAUCCUGAUGGACGACACUCUCUCCCCGGUUGGCGUCACUGACCCACUCCUGUCAUCAGUGUCCCCGGGCGCUUCCAAAACAAGCAGCAGGCGAAGCAGUAUGAGCAUGGAAGACACGGAGCAUGCGUGUUAGCGAGCUGCUCUGCGCCUGCGCGGACUGCUCCCUUUCUUCACUAGUAGACUUCAUAAUUUACCUGAAGGGGUUUCUUGAUAAUUUUCCUUUAAUAUGAAUUUUUUUCAUGCUUUAUGAAUAGCCAAGGAUAUAUUUUAUUUUUAGAAUUUUGUGAAACAGACUUGUAUAUUCUAUUUUACAAAACAAAGGCCUCCAAAGUAUUGUACAGUAAGUGCGCAGUAUCUGUGAACUGAAUUCUCCAGACAUGAACUUUCUGAGCAAGAGGAUUUUUGCACCAGAGAAGCGUGUCUGUCCAUUUUUAUUCAGGGGAAAACUUGGUCUGAGAUUUUUAUGUUUGUGAUUUCCUUGGAAAUUAACAUGUAAAGUUUAAGUGAAAGAAUGUAAAACAACAACAACAACAAAAGAAGAUAAUAUGAAGAAAAUAAAGAAAAAAUGAUAGCACCCGUACUAAUUUCCAUUUUAUAGAUGUAUUGGCUCAUGGGUACUGCCUUCAAGACACAGUACCCUUCUAGCAUUAUUUAGCCUUUAUAUUGAAGACUAUUUAAAGGAAAUUUUAAAAAACAGCCAUUUUUUAUGGAUGUCUGGUUAGAAAUGUAUCUAAUGUUGACCAGAACUGAAAGGAGUUAGACCAAGGCUCCAACAUGGAGGUCCAAUCUGGCCGGCUUUUCUUCUAUGCACUUACAGGAUUCCUCAGUGAUGAGUGUGAUCAGUUUUUUUUCCACAAGUUUAUUUUAUUGUGAAAUGGAAAUGAAUGUCCUCUUAAAGUAAAAUAUGGAGGAGCGCUGAAAGUUUGUUGAACUUUUUUUCCCCUCGUUUUUGCUUUUGAUAAGACAACUGAAUUGGGCACAUUUCUAAUUGGCUUUGCUAUUUUUAUUUUAAAUUAUGUUUUAGUUAUUUGAUUGUACAGAUUCUUUAUCAUCAUUUUUUUCAAUGUUUGUAUUAAUUUGUAAGAAUAUGCAUCUUAAAAUGGAAAGUUUUCGAUAUUUUUACAACCCACCAGUGGUUUUCUGCAUUCUUUGUACACCCAUGAAAGAAAACUUUUAUGCAAGGUCUUGUGUUUAAAGAGAGCUUUGCAAACAUUUUGUAUCUUCCAGUCUCACUUGGAACUGUUUUUCAACACAUUUAAGGUAUAGUAUUAAUAGGUUAAAACCAAGCUUUCUAGAAAAACAAUAACCUUACAUAUUUAUUUUUAGGAUACAAAAAUAGCAAUAUUCUUGGAGACUGAUAACUAUAGCAUUACUAUGCCCAUUAUGGUCAUAUAGGUUGGGAUUUAUUUCAAAAAUAAACUGGCUGUUUUAUUAUUUUUUUUAAAGAAAGAAAUACUGUAUUGGCAAAUUAUUUGCUAACCAUGUUUUACCAAGCAGCAAUGUAAAGUUAGUCUCAGUGCGUUUUACCCUCUUGUGUAGCCCUAUGCAAUAACUGUAGUGUUAGAUGUUUUCUACAGAUGAUACAAAGUGUUACAAGGCAGGCUAUAGAAUGGAAUUUCUCAGUAGCAGCCUACAAUUGAAAAGUGAGUGGCAUAAAGCAUAUCCAUUCAGAAUGAAGUGCCUUAAAUAUAGCAGUAGUCUUUUUUGGACUAGCACUGACUGAACUGUAAUGUAGGAGAAAGUUUCAAGAUGGUAUCUGUCGUGGAGAACAUGUAGCGUGGUGCCUAUGUAGAUAUAUAAGAGCUUCCAGUUUUCCUUCAGAUAUUUUUAAUAUGAACUAUAUUUUAGUGACAGAGUGCCAACUUCUUUCAUCAGGAAACCUUAUUUAGGAGAGGUUUUUUUUUCCCUCUUUUUCAAGUGUUUAAAUGUCAAGAUUGAUGAUGAGACAUGGAGGGAUUCAGGAAGAGUGAUUGAUUGCUGAGUGAAUGAAUGAAUGGAUGGCCUGGAUGCAAACCAUCAGCUGUGCAGUUCCCAUGCAUGCUGGGCAGUGAGCCUCCUUGGAAACGCCUUGGAUGCUCUCAGUUUUGUAGCUUUAUUACUUAAGGGGGUAGGGAAGUUAAUUCCCAUUCUUUCAGCCCCCUUAACUGUAUAGCUCUUUUCCUAGAAUAGUAAUGCAAAUCUGCAUGAACAGCUAACUGUACCAUAGUGUUCAUUGAUACAAUCAUGCAUUGUCUAUUUUUCUUCAUAUUUCUAUGGGGGGAGAGGGCUGGCUAUGGAAGUUGAUCGGGAUGCUCGAUGCUAGUUUUCCUUAGCUAAUUCUGAAGAUUUAAAAAAUAAAAAAAACAAUAGAAUAAGGUUGACUAACCCAUGGCCAAAGGAAUACGGCCGUGGUAGAGCAACAUCAUAGAAAGAAAAUGUGGCAUUGUGUACCACUGCCCUCACUCUUGCAGCACCUCAGCUUGUCCUUGACUUCUCUCCUGUCUCCUUCCUCUUCAGAGACAGCUGCUGGGACAGCAGCUUGUGCUGAGUAGGCACAAGAAGGCUACAACCUGGGGGUGGUUUGAUUUAUUUCUUUUUUUGCCAACCAGAGUGUGGAUUCAUCUUUGGGACAGUUAAGCUAAGAGACAGUGGAGUCAACUUGUCAUUUUUAAUGAGAGAAUGAACCACACCACUCCCCCACCCCUGGGUGUAGAAUUGCGACUCAGGGUUGGACCUCCAUUUGGAGUGACUAAAAUACCAAAAGUAUCCACCUGCCUCUGUGUAAGGUGAUGGAAAUACCAAAUCUCCUGACUUUGCCAAAAACCAUACAACCAACUCAAUCAUACACAGAGGUUGACAAAGUUCUUUCUGGUUGUUUUGAAACAAUAAAGCAAUAUAUAUAAAUAAAAUAUAUAGGACGUUCAAAGAUAGAAAGCACAAUGGAAUGCACUUGUUCAUAUUUUUGAAAAAUGCACUGGGGAGAAGUUGAUGCUGAUAACAGUAUAAAAAACCUACUUCUUGAUUUAAAAAAAAAAAAGACUGUCUCUUGCAGACACUUGGUACUGUAAUGUUAAUAAUAGUCACAUGCUGUUGGACACAGCAAUAAUUUCUGUAUGGUCUAUAGCACUGUAUGUUAUGAAUUGAUAUUAAUGUAUCCAGUUAAAUAAUUGAACUGUUGUUCUUAAUAGCCUCAUUAAAGCAUUUGGUUUUUCA